AGUUAAGAACGAAAGGGGUCAGUGGUGGGCUGACUGGGCCCGUUUGUGUUCCUGUGGUCGCUCGUGGGGUGCGAAAAUUCCAAGAAUCUGAGCCCAAACAUGGAGCCGGCGACCCCUCCGGCACCCGCCGCCGGUGUCACGGCCACCGUCGACCUCUCCCCAGUGGCCGCGGACCUCGGCGGGGCGCACCUCCUGCCCUGUGGCAUCAGGCAGAACGGCGGCGCCCCCGUAUCCGACUACUUCAAGCCUAGGGCCACAGGUGUGGAGGUGGAGGGGGUGAAGGUGGAAGAGGCCUUCUUCCGCGGAAGGAAGUUGCAGGGCGCUACCCUAGCUCUCCCGGAUGGAUACCGAGGUUAUGUAUUGGAGAAGAAGCGUGGACAGAAUUCAGAUGUUGAAGUUAGCAAUUUUGUAUCCCGAGCUGAAUUCCAGAACAUAACCUACUGGAAUCAUGAUACCAUGCCAUCAGCAGAGGAUUCCCUCCCGAGGUGCUUUCAUUGGUUAACUGUUGCUAAUGCGAUGCACAAACCAGUGACUGCUGAAGACCUCGCUAACAUGUCAGCAAUGCCGAAUCAGGACAACUAGAUCCAUUGUAUGGCAAUUAUGGAUGUAACUGUGGCACGGUGAAAAAAGUCUACCCAGUGCAAUUUCGAUUUGGUGAAGAACCAUCACUACAAGAUAUUUUCCUGUAACAAACAGCACAUUGUUUGAACACAUCCACUAGGUAAUGUUUAGGCUUUAGGGUAAAGAUGCUUCAGUAGCAUCUGAGAAUGCUUGGGUAAUUUAGGUUAUCUCUAAUAUUGUGAAAGAGUGCCAUUGUUACAGUAUUUUUCUCUCACAACAAAUCAGCGAACAGUACUUUUCA